AUGCCUUUUGGACGCAGAACCCAUCACCACACCACCACCACCACCACGCGGCCCCCUCGCCGUGGCCUCUUCUCACGCCGGCCCCGCCACGCUCAUCACCAGAAGCGCAAGCCCACCAUGAAGGACAAGGUGAGCGGUGCGUUUAUGAAGCUCAGGGGUAGCUUGACGAGGCGGCCUGGCCUCAAGGCUGCUGGUGCUCGCCGCAUGCACGGAACAGAUGGCCGGGGCGGCCACAAGCACGGCCACGUCUUCUAG